GCCUCUUGUCCUUGUCAGUGCUGAUGCAGGCAGCUACUCUUGCUCUGUUGGUGGCAUCCGCUCCACUGUAGCAUGUGUGUCUCAGGAGGACUGCUGGAAUGUGACAUACACAAGAAGAGUGUAUGUUGUGGAUCAUUAGUGGAGCUUCCCUGCACUUACUCAUAUCCCAGUGAUGACAAAGUUGAACACACAUUCUGGUAUUAUGUUCAUCCUAAAGAGGAUCCACAGGACCUGAGUCUGGAAGAGCAGUUUACUGGUCGAGUGGAAUAUGUUGGGGAUAAAGAGAAAAACUGCACUCUGAGAAUCAGAGGCCUGAGAAAGAGUGAUUCUGGAGAAUAUCGCUUUAGAUUCAGCACUAAUACUGAAAGAGGGAAAUUCUCUGGUAAACCAGGAGUCAUUCUAAAUAUCACAGGUAAGAGUGAGUCCCACCCCAGUAUCAGAGGGACAGUCUCUAACAGCGGCUGCAGCUCCACCUGCACUCUGCCCAUCAACCCCACCUACAUCUGGUACAAGAACGGACAGCCUGUAACCAACAAACCCAAGAAACACAACAAAAUCUACCUAGGGUUGGCAGACAGUGAGGAUGGACUCCAGUAUUCCUGUGCUUUAGGAGGUAACACAGUUCUGUGGAGUCCUGCAUAACUGCUAAUUUACAUGAACUGCUCAUUUAAAUGCUGUAAAAGUUCAUGUGCACUUCAUUAAUCCCCUGGAAAUAUUUGCUGAAUAUUUAAUU